AUGGCCCCGGAGUAUGGAAAUAGUCUGAUGAGUGAGAGAGGGUACGACAGUGAUGCACAUUACAUAACAACACCAAGACGUGACCUGGGGAGAUCUCCUGCCAGUCGAGGUCUUCGCCAAAUGGAGCUGAGCGAUUUGAUCGAACAGAGCCAAGAGCGCUCCGAGGCUGAACGCUGGGCUAUGACCAAUGCCCCGACGGCCACUGACUCUCAAGAAUCUGUCUUUGGUAUGCAUUUUAUCCCAACACCACCAGGGACUCUCAGGGGUCCUCCGACUACUUUCCACACAGCCCGUGAUACCGAUGAAUUCAAAUACCAGCCAACGACUCCUUCGCCUCUGAGGGCUGAGCGAACUCACAAAAGUCCCGUCUUGACUAAGAUCUUUGGGGGAUCUCUUCCAUCCUUGUCUUCAACCAACGAUCCUGGGGCUUCCCAUUCCGAGCACUCGCCCGUUCUCAUUGUCCCGGAAACCUCCAGUGGCCGGGAUCUCAUGUCCGACUGGAAACAGUUCAUGAAGACGAGCCGGGACCAACACGGAGCGGGAUCAUUUGGAUCACUUCCCACUUCAUCGGCAGAUCUUUUGGUGUCCAAAACAAGACAGCCUUCCAAUUCAGCUAGGUCCUUCACUGAUCCUCGUGACCCCCGCGCGAUACAUCUUAGUGAGUUGGGUAUAUCGAAUCGACUUGUGUCCUUCUCCCAAUCAUCCCGAGUAGGAUCAUGCAGUCCAUCAAGUACUGAGCUGUUCUACAAGAAAAGAGGGGCCAUGGGGAAUUUUUCGCAGGAGAAUGUCCAAUUUUCCCAAUCAGGUGCCUCGGUGAUCUCUGGAAACGAGACACCAAAAAAUCCAAACGACCGGCGAGAUGCAUCUUCAUGUUACUCGCAAGCCAGUCCAUCGUCGGGGAGUCUAUCUAUUGGCGGACUAUCGUUCAAAAAGCUCACUAGCAAAAUCAUUGACCCAAAACCAAAACCAAAACCAGCCUUGCAAGACAUACUCACCUCUGACAACGAAGCUGUUAAUGUUCCAGCGCCCCGGAACACUAUUCUGAGCCGAUUUCAGGAGCAUUGUGACUCUGGAAACUCUGACUCGCCUCAGUUCCAGAAUCACCCUGCUGGCAUAGUUUCACCACGCAAAGUCAGUGUCGGCUGGAUGUCUGGGGGCCGCCGCGUUGGCUAUGGCUAUAAUCCAGUCCCAGGUAAAGAGGGAGGUUCCCCGAAAAAGGACAAUCAAAGUCCUCCGCAGAUGAGUCAAAUCCCCGGGUCAAAGGCGGAAUUUACGACAAAUGUGGUACAUGGCUCACCUCCAAACCAUCAUCAACUUGAAAAGAUGGCACAGUUGUUACCUCGACAAUAUGGUAAUCCAUCCCCCAGCCAUCCACGUCUCCCUUUGUAUGAGGCUCUCACUGGUCCCAGGUCUGUCAAGUCAAAAUCAAACACUGAAUAUGCCGCUCCGCCUAACCUUUGGGCAAUCCUGGGCCGUUCGAGUCAAGAGCAAAAUACGAUUGCCGGUUCGAACGAAGGCAGCUCCAAUGUGCUUUGUGCACCAGAAUUGACCCCUAUAGUACAGCCAGAGCUAUGUCAACUCCCCCAGAGCGCCCAUAAUACCAGCCUUAGACAAGGCAGAGACUCAUUUAUUAAUCAAUGGGCUCGACUGAGCCGAUCCAAAAACAAGAAAUCUCAAUCUCAGGACCAAAAGACAGAGCUUGGUGGUGUGACCAAUUCCGAAAGACUACAAGAGAUUGUUUUCUAUGAUCAUUCAGAUGAGACUGAGCCGGAAUUUCAUGACACAGAACAUCAUGACGAGAGCGUAGAUCAAGCUCACGAGCUUCAAACUAACACCUCGCGAGUGGUACGAUGGGCAAACAGAUUCUCCAGAUAUAGAGAAAGCAGACGGCCCCCAACUGUGCGCCAGCAAGAGCGUUCACAAUCUUCUUCCGGUGCUUAUCAGGAUUGUGAUUCGGCCAGUAUCAGCCUUAAACGAGCUACCUCUACGAGAAGUAACACGGCAGAUGACCCAGAUCAUUUUGAAAUGCCUGGUUCCUUUGAAGGGAGCCGUUGGGCUAGUCGAAUCAGUCGACUGCUAUGA